UAUAUAUAUAAAGACCUAGCCUCCACACCCUCUGCAAACAAAGUUGAGUGGCCAAGCACAGCAAGGCAACCAUGACCCAAGCUCACUCAAAAUCUUGCUUCCACCAGUUCUGGGAUGGACUCCAGAUCAAGAGGAGCAGCGACAGCUUCGCUGUCGAGCUACUUCCAUCCCUUGGUGCAACUAUAAACCACUCAAACAAACUGCAGAAGUUCAUCAUAUCGCCUUAUGAUCCCCGGUACAGAUCCUGGGAGCUGUUCCUUAUAGUCCUAGUUGUUUACUCUGCCUGGAUUUGCCCGUUUGAAAUAGCAUUCUUGAGGGACUUACCUUCUAAGCUUUUGCUAGUUGAGAACAUUGUCGAUAUCUUCUUUGCCAUUGAUAUUGUUUUGACAUUCUUCGUAGCUUACGUCGAUAGCAAAACACACCUUUUUGUGGAUGACCGAAAGAAAAUUGCAGUAAGGUACCUAUCCACUUGGUUUAUCUUUGAUGUAUGUUCAACAGCACCGUUUCAAUCAAUCAUCCUUCUAUUUACACACAAGGGGAAUGACCUUACUUUUAAGAUACUCAAUUUGCUCAGGCUGUGGCGUCUUCACCGAGUCAGUUCACUAUUUGCCAGGCUGGAGAAAGACAUCCGAUUCAACUAUUUCUGGACUAGGUGCUCAAAGCUUAUUUCUGUCACUCUCUUCGCAGUGCAUUGUGGAGGAUGCUUCAAUUAUAUGAUUGCUGACAGAUAUUCCAACCCAGAGAAAACAUGGAUAGGAGCUGUGAUGCCUACAUUCAGAUCAGAAAGCUUAUGGACUAGAUAUGUUACUUCUCUUUACUGGUCCAUUACAACACUGACAACAACAGGAUAUGGGGACCUACAUGCUGAAAAUCCAACAGAAAUGCUAUUUGAUAUCGUCUAUAUGAUGUUUAAUCUGGGCUUGACAGCAUAUCUCAUUGGCAACAUGACCAACCUAGUUGUUCAUGGGACCAGCCGCACCAGGAAAUUCAGGGACUCAAUCCAAGCAGCAUCAGAGUUUGCAGCACGCAAUCAAUUACCUGAGAACAUAAAGCAGCAAGUGCUAUCUCACUUCUGCCUACAAUUCAAGACAGAAGGACUCAACCAGCAGGUCAUGUUAGAUGGACUGCCAAAAGGAAUCCGCUCAAGCAUAGCAUACAGCUUAUUCUUUCCAAUCAUCCGACAGGCCUAUCUCUUCAAUGGAGUAUCUGACAAUUUCAUCGCCGAACUGGUCAUGGAAGUGCAGGCUGAGUACUUUCCACCAAAGGAAGACAUAAUAUUGCAGAACGAAGGAGCAGCAGACGUUUACAUAGUAGUUUCAGGAGCAGUGAAUAUAAUAGCAACAAUUAAUGGGAAUGAGCAGGUGUAUGAGAAAGUUUCAGAGGGGAAAAUGUUUGGAGAGGUUGGUGCUCUGUGUAGCACACCACAGCCAUUUACUUGCCGCACAGCUGAACUUUCACAGCUUUUGAGAAUAAGCAAAACAAGGCUUAGAGAGAUCAUUGAAGAAAACAGGGAAGAUAGCAGCAUUCUAAUGAACAAUCUAUUCCAGAAGCUGAAGCUACGAGAAAGCUUACCUGAAGUGAGUCAACCAGAGAAAAGAUUCUUGAGCAAGUACGAGCUAUUCCAUGUUCCUCGAGAAGUAUGGCUGCUGAACAAGUCACACCUGCAUUACACAGAGCACAUAAGUAAAGGUUCUAGUAACAACAUUCCCGUGUUGGGAGGUAAUAGUUAUUCAAGACAGUUACAUGGAGAAGCAGCCCAAUUGUGGGUGAAAGAAAAAGAAAAUAGUCAUGGUAUGACAGGUAAAGAAGAGAACCACGAUGAAGUACACAUAAACUGUGAGACCAAAAUAAAUACAGAAGAGCACCGUAUUCAGAUAAACUCUGAAGAUAGCAGCUCCACAGGCAGUCAGCAAACGAUAGAUGCAAUGAUGCAGCCAGGAUCUCCACAUAAAACAGAAGAAAACAUAACAAGCAGCAGAAUUCCAGAUGAGUGUUACAUAAACAAAGCAAAUAAAAGAGUUACAAUUCACAAGUAUCCAAAUAAUGCAGCAGGUUCAGCACCACAAAAUGGAAAGCUUAUCAAGCUGCCAAGAUCAUUGGAGGAACUUUUCGAAAUUGGCAGUCAGAAGUUUCAAGAUUUUCAUCCUACAAGGGUGGUCAGUAGAGAUUAUGCCGAAAUAGAUGACAUCAGUGUUAUCCGCGAUGGGGACCAUCUAUUCCUACUUGAGAUGUAGGGGGAAAAAGCAUAACAACCUAACUGGACAAGUCAGAAAUCUGGCAUAAGUAUGGAUGCUGGUGUGCACCAGGAUUCGAAACUGAAGACAUGAAGAGGAAUUGACACUUCAAUUUUUUAAACCGUUACUAACAUGAUGUAAAUGUCUGAUAUUGUACGAUAAAUAAACAAGUCAGCCUUAAUGCAUGCAGUCAUGCAAAAUCAUGAAAGCAUGUGGUCAAAAGCGGUUGUGUAGGUUCCUAGUGCAAGGAUUUUAACUUGAAAAUGUACAUCCAUUCAUCUCUUGUGUUGGUGUUUGUACUUUGUUGCAUUGUAUUUAGUGUGGUCUGCAGCAACUGCUUCAUGUUCCCAUUCCCCACUUCCCUUUGUAACCCUGGUCUGAUUGUGGGUCUUGUAAUAAUGCCUAAUCCCCUGUUCCAGUAUUCCAGAACAGAAGACUUUCUAUCAUU